UACAUUUAAUCUUCAACCAUUUUUAAAGCCCCCACUUAGUUGAAGUUUGUGAAAUUAAAAAGCUAAUUAGAGUUUCGUAGAUCAAUUAUCAUUGUAUUUUCAACCGAGAUAUCCAAAUUCAAAUAACUUUUUUCUAUUAUAACAAUCGAAUUUAUUAACCCACAGAAAAAAGAAAAAAAAGUUCAGCCACUUACCACCGAUGUGAUGCUUGUGGUAAUGGAAAAACAGUCAUAUGUGGCCAAAUGGGCGUCUUACGUACGCAUAUGCUCAUAAAUAUCGUUAGUUUAUUAUAAAAAUCAGAAGUUUAGAACAGAACCUGCAAGCAAAUCAUUCUGUCUAAGCCAUCCUACUUUCAAACAAUUGUUCUCAUCUUACUUGCAUUUAACUGUUUCAAGUGAGAAAUGGCGGAAGGAGUUCUCUUCAACGUAGCUGAAGGAAUCAUUGGCCAACUGGGCCAACUAGCUCUCAAAGAGAUUGGACUGCUCUGGGGUGUCAAAGAUGAGCUUGAAAACCUCGAAAACACGGUUUCAACAAUCAACGCUGUGCUUCUGGAUGCAGAGGAAAAGCAGGCGCAGAGCCAUGCCAUCAAGGAUUGGGUGGCAAAGCUGAAAGAUGUGCUUUUUGAAGCAGACGACUUGCUGGAUGACUUUUCCACCGAAGUUUUACGACGGGAAGUGAUGACUGAGAAUAAGAAAGCGAAAGAGGUACGCAUCUUCUUUUCCAAAUCGAACCAACUUGCAUAUGGUCUUAAAAUGGGUCAUAAGAUUAAGUCAAUUAGGGAGAGACUAGAUGCUAUUGCAGCGGAUAGGAAGUUCCACUUAGAGGCACGUCCUAGGGAGACACAAGGCAGUAAUAGGGGGAGAGAUAGUCAUCAUUUUGUACGUGCUGAAGAUGUUAUUGGAAGAGAGGUUGAUAAGAAAGUCAUCAUAGAACGUUUAUUGGAUUCCAAUAUUGAACAGAAUGUUACAGUUCAUUCAAUAGUUGGACUAGGAGGACUAGGUAAGACUACGUUAGCUCAAUUAGUCUUCAAUGAUGAAGAAAUUAAAAGUCAUUUUGAGAAGAAAUUGUGGGUGUGCAUCUCUGAUGAUUUUGAUGUAGAAAUAAUUGUUAAGAAAAUCCUAGAAUUUGCAGAAGGUAAGAAACUAGAGAACUUUGAAAAGAACAAAUUGAUAAAUGAUCUUCAAAAAGAAAUUAAUGGAUAUAGAUACUUACUUGUAUUAGAUGAUGUGUGGAAUGAUGAUUCAGAAAAAUGGGAUAAGUUAAAAGGACUUCUACUAGGUGGUGCAAGAGGCAGUAGAAUAUUGUUGACUACACGUGAGGAGAAGGUUGCAAAGAUUUCAAAAGCUAUUGAUCCAUGGUUUUUAAGGGAUUUAAAUGAAGAGGAGUCUUGGUCUUUAUUUAAGCAAACGGCAUUUGAAAAUGGACAAGAACCAAAAAAUUUAAGAAUUAAGGAAAUUGGAAUGGAAAUCGUUAGAAAGUGUAGAGGAAUUCCACUUGCCAUAAAGACUAUUGGAAGAAUAUUGUACUUUAAAAACUCAGAAGAAGAAUGGUUGUCCUUCAAAAAUAAUGAAUUUUCAAAAAUAGAUCAAAAAGAAACUGACAUCAUACCUACGCUUAAGUUGAGUUAUGAUCAUCUCCCAUCAAAUUUGAAACAAUGCUUUGUUUAUUGUAGUUUAUUUCCAAAGGAUUACUAUAUUGAAAGAAAUAAAUUGAUCAAGCUAUGGAUGGCACAAGGAUUCAUUAAGUUGUCAAGUCAAAACCAAUGCCUAGAAGAUGUAGGUAAUGAGUAUUUUAUGGAAUUACUUUGGAGAUCAUUCUUUCAAGAACCUAGAGAAGAUAUGUAUGGCAAUAUAUGUGUAUUCAAAAUACACGAUUUGAUGCAUGAUCUGGCGAAAUUAGUUGCGGGACAAGAGAGCACCACUUUAGGAAUAAACAGGGAAAACAUUGUUGAAAAAACUCAUCAUGUCUCCGUUGGUUUUGAUUUAGGCUUAUCAUCACAAAUUCCAACCUUGUUGUUUAAAGCAAAAAGGAUAAGAACAUUUAUUUUACCAACUCCAGGAAAAAUGGUGUGGAACCAGGAAACUUGUGAUGCAUUUUUAUCAAGUCUUACGUUCUUGCGCAUGUUAGAUUUGAGCCGGACUGACAUUAGGAGUUUGCCACAUUCUAUUGGAAAGUUGAAGCAUUUAAGAUAUCUUGAUCUUUCAUAUAACUUUGACCUCCAGAUGCUUCCUAAUUCCAUUACAAGUUUGCAAAAUUUGGAGACACUAGAUCUCUAUGCUUGUUUUGGACUUACAGAAUUGCCAAAAAAUAUUGCCAAAUUAGUCAACCUUAGGCAUCUUAACAUCUUUCAUUGUAGCAAAUUGACUCAUAUGCCAUGUGGAUUGGGUCAAUUGACUAAUCUUCAAUCACUAUCUCAGUAUGUGUUGAGUACGGACUCUAGGCAUGGUGAAUUGAUGGAACUUCAAGGACUAAAUGGUCUGAGAGAAAAUCUAAGUAUUAAAAAUCUGAGACAUGAGAAAGAUACCGCAUUAGAAUGUGACGCUGCAAAUUUGAAAGGGAAACAAAACCUCCAUGGGUUGAAGUUGGAGUGGAUAAAAGGAGGCGCAGAUGACUUGGAUGUUGAGUACGAUGAGAUGUCACUCAAACAUUUGCAACCACACACAAGUCUUAAAGAAUUGGAGUUAGAUGGGUACAGAGGUAGGGAAUAUCCAAGUUGGCUCUUGUCACUCACAAAUCUUGUAGAACUUAGCUUAAGGGCAUUGAAGAAUUGGCAACACAUGCCACCAUUGCAUCAAUUUCCUUCUCUUAAAAGACUCAUCCUAAGCAAACUUCCUUCUCUUGAAUACAUAUCAAACAGUGUUAACCUUCCAUCCCUAGAGUUGCUCAGUCUUUUGUUUUGCCCUAAUCUAAAGGGAUGGAUAAUGGACUCCAUUGAGGAGGAUAACGAUGAUGACAAUAAUCACUCUCUGCCUUCAUUCUCUCGUCUUUCCGCUUUAAAUAUUUUUGAGUGCCCUAAACUCUCUUCCAUGCCUGUAUUUCCGUGCCUUGAACAGCUGAGGCUGGUGAACUCUAAUUUGAGCCCAUUAGAGCAGACAAUAUCGAAGGGAAUGAUACAUAUGGAAUCUCAAGAGAACCCAACAAUAACAGUAGCAGACUCAACCUCUUCUACUUCUUCAACAACCUCCUCAUUCGUCCCUCUCUCCAAAUUAAAAUCUUUGACUAUUGGGCUAAAAAAAGGAGAUCGUGAUCGUGAUCGUUUCCUUCGAAGUAUAGCACAUCUCACUGCAAUUGAGGAACUAGAAUUUCUAUUUUCUGAUGAGAUUGAUUUAUUUAAUAAUGGGAAUGGGAUGGAAUGGCAAGGGCUGAAGAGGCUUAGGAUUACCAGUUGUCCGAAUCUGACUACCAUACCGGAAUGGAUAUGUAACUUCACAUCUCUUCAAUCACUUGACAUUCAGAAUUGCCCCAGUUUGACGUCAUUGCCUGAAGGAAUGCCUAAAUCUUUAAGUACACUAAACAUUGCGCAUUGUCCCAAAUUUUUGGAAAGAUGCAAGAGGGAAAAGGGUGAAGAUUGGCCUAAGAUUGCCCACAUCCCAAACUUGCAACUGUAUCGGUCUGCUGAAGAUGAUUCAGAACAAACUGAUAAGAAGAAGGAACCUGAGCUUAAGACUCGGCGCUUGACUAAAAUUUGGGGGAGUUGCAGUUGUUCAACAAGUCAAUAACUCAGUGAGUGAAAAUCAGCACUUGGCAAUAUUGGGAUAAUAUUUUUGUGGAGAAAAUCAGCCCUUGGCAAUAUUGGGAUGAUAUUUUUGUGGAGAAUUUUAAGUGGCAAUCACAUUGCAAGAUUAACUUGUGCACAUUGAUUUGGACUUAGACCAUAAGUUGAUGUUCCUGGUGGCAAUACCUGACAAAGGAACCUGCCAUUUCCCAAGUGGUUGCUUAUUCACCUUCUUGAAUUCACAUGUUAUACAGACACAAUAAAAUUGCAUUCUCAUUUGAAGAGAGGAGCUUAGAGUAUGUAAUCCAAAAUGGUACUUAUUGAAUGAUGCUUGGUGAAAAUGGUCCACAUUGAGCUGAUACAGCUUAUAUCCCUGUUGCUGAAAUCGAAUUCAAAAGGAUUUAUCAGUACUCCAUAAUAAGGAUGAGGGCUGCAUUUCAGUUUGUGACAAGAGCAACCAAUAUCAUCCCUUAGAUCUGUGAGCUUGCCACUCCAACAGUUUUGGAGGGGGUUAGUGUUAUUCUACAGUAUAGUGGGAAAUAAAUGUCAGCCAUUUAGCAAACAUUUUGGUCACCUAAAUUAGAGAUAAGUACCAAUUCAUGAGAGGGUUGCGGAAAUCAUGGAGGGAUCCUGCAUCAUCCUUGGAUAUAACAGCCAGGCUGCAAUUGGAAAGGUUCAUACAUCCAAGAAUGAAUCCAAGUGACUGCUCAGACCCUAGAGAGAAAUUAAGACCUUAAGGAUCUUACAGUCCAAAUGCUUCUAUAGCUGGCAAAACUUGAGCUUUUGUUGGACAAAGCAGAAGUAGAAAGUCAUCAGUUACUAGUUCUCUAGAGAAAUACUGUGAUCUUCAGGUGGGAAAACUUCUUAUAGAUGAUAUUAAACUUAAAGAGUUUCGGAAUAAAUGGAGUGGGGGAAAUUUGGUCUUGUCAGCCAAGAAUCUUGGUUCAUUGCGUCAACCAUCAAAGAUAAUAUUGCAUACAUAAAGGAUGGCACAGCUACUGAAGAAAUAAGAGUUGCAGCUGAACUUGCCAGUGCGUUGUUUUACUGAUAUUUCCGGAGGUUCUAAGUUAUGGUCCAUGACUGUUCUUUAGAAGAUCCUUUCAUAUUGGUAAUCAUAUAAGUUGUUAACAUAUUUUGAAAUUUGCAGCUGAGUGGACACCAUGGGUGGUGAAGCACAAAACUCAUUUGUCUGGUGGACAGAAGCAAACUGUUUCCAUAGAAAGAGCAAUUUCUAAACACUCAUGGAUUUUCACUUCUAGAUGAAGCUAAAAGUGCAUUUGAUGCUGAUUUUGAGAGAAUAGCACAAGAGGCAUUGUACAUGAAGGAUAUACACUAAGAACUCGUCAAGGAUCCUGAUCAUGAGGCAUACAUCCAGCUUAUACAAUUGCAAGAAGUUAAGGAGUCAAAACAAGCUGCACAUUGUCGGCAGCAUCACAAAGUACUAUUAAUCUUUCUGAUAGUCAAUUCAAAAAAUGUUAGUCUUACAUCCAUAAGCCAGGGAUCAUUUGAAGCUCAAAUAGCUGCCUUGACUUAGCAACGUGGCAAAGCAACAUCCUCAGGUGUUUCGCAAGAUGACAAGGAAUAUACAAAGAGAGAUAUUGAGCUCCAUCAAGUAGGCUUUCAGUAUCCAUCUAGACUAGAUAUUCAGAAUGUCACGGUUGUUAGAAAAGGUGGAAAUGGAGGAUGCAUAGUGACUACAAUGUGCAAAGAUUUUUAAUCUUAAAUCAGCUCAUUUGAUGGAAUUGAAAAUCUGAAAGGUUAAAUUGAAGUGGAUUGAGUAGACUGAUUGGUCUGGUCAGUCAAGAAUCAGUUUUGUUCAAUGACUUUAUCCAUGCCAAUGCUGUAGAUGAGGAAGAAAGUGCAAUGAGGUGGAAACCAUAGCUGCAUCAAAGUUUCAAAUGUUUAAAGUUUCAUUAGAGGCUUACGACAGGACUAUCAUAUCAUGGUAAUACUAUAAGGAUUCCAAUUAUCGAGCGGGCAGAAGAAACGAGUAGCCACUAGAUGUCCAAGAUACUAUUUUAAACAAGGCUACAAAUACUCUCAAAGCUGAAUCUGAACAAAUAAAUCAAGAUGCACUGAACCAAGUGAUGGUGAACCAGGCUACAACUGUCAUGACCUGUCCAUUAUCUAAAGGUGAUCAAAAUAAAAUUAUCAGAGAGAAAGGAGAGCUUGAGAUUUUGAUUGUGAAUUUGCCACCUUGACAAACUGAGAAGGGCCAGUGUUUUUUGCUGCAGAGUUGCAAAUAAUAAUAAGGUCCAGGCAUUUCACAAACAUUUAGGUCACAUGUCAAGCGGAUAUGAAGUUAAUUGCUAUCGCCUAGUGGUGCAAUCAGAUGCAGACAAAUCUGUUACUAGCUUAAUGGAAAUUCAUCUACUAUCAAUGUUCCUGCGCUUCAAUUCUGUAAGAGAGAGAAACUAUAUACCUAGUUAUUAAUCUAAAAGCUAAUGAGGAACAACCAGAAAUUA